AUGAGCAUCGAAAAUUACACGAUAUAUUGCGGCGAUGAUCAUGAAAGGAAAGUAGGUGGCAGUGCAGUAGCUGUGAAGAACGACUAUAACACUCUAGUGGAGGAAUUUGCUCAAUGUCUCCCAGAUGCACCUCUAUACGACUGCGAGAUCACAGACUGCAGACGUAAACCUCGGUUAGUAAGUGGCGACACCCCUACGGAAACCGUCGAGGACAACAAUAAGAACCCCUUCCAUGGUGAACUCAAUGCGUUGAUGUCUAGGCUAUUCUGUCAGCAGAAGGCCAUUGUCGGAAUCGACGCAAAUGCGAAGAUGGGACCUGAGGAAUCGUCGAUGCCAUCAGCUCACGUGGCAGAGACCAACCCUUUUAGUGCCUGA